GCCGUGUGUUUUGCUCCCAAUGCAAGUCAUUCUUCAUUCAGUCAAUCUGGCAGUCGUUAGUUCGUUCUUUUUCCGUUCUUUCCAGUGACCCAUUCAUUCCACCAAUCCAUCAUCCUGUUGGUUAGGGGUCGACAUCGUUCAUCAUGCCGCAAUUCCAAGUCAAAGUCAAAUGGAGCAAGGAGUUGUUCCCGGACGUGCAGGUCAAUACGGAUGAGGAGCCUUUGGUGUUGAAGGCCCAGAUCUUCGCCUUGACCGGGGUCGAGCCUCAUCGCCAGAAGAUCAUGCUCAAGGGUGCCACCAUCAAGGACGACACCACGUGGGGCGCUAAUGUGCUCAAGGGCCUCAAGGACGGGGCCACCCUCUUGCUGAUGGGCUCCAAGGAGGAGGAUAUUCCCACGCAGCCCGUGGAAAAGACCAAGUUCGUGGAGGAUAUGGAUGAGUCCGAGAUCCAGUCGGCCUUGGCCAUGCCGGCCGGGCUCCAGAACUUGGGGAACACGUGCUACAUGAACGCCACCGUCCAAUGUCUCAAGACCGUGCCCGAGUUCAAGACCGCCCUCAAUAAGUACUCCGAAAGUGUGAGCUUCAAUAGCGACGUGACUACCCAUCCCCAAUCCAUUACCGCAUCGCUUCGUGAUCUCAUGAAUACCAUGGACAAGGGCCAGACCCUGCCACCUUUGGUUCUGCUUCAAGUCUUGCAUCGGGCUUUCCCCAAUUUUGCCGAGAAAUCCGAACAUGGCGGUUAUCAGCAGCAAGACGCCAACGAGUGCUGGGUCGAGAUCAUGAACAUGGUGAAGCAAAAACUGCCAAGCGAAGAUAAUGCCAAAUUUUCGUCGGCCGUUGAUCAGUAUUUCGGACUGGUCUUCGACACGGAAAUCAAGUGCAUCGAGUCCGAAGAUGAACCCGUGACUAAAUCGCAAGAGCGUUUCCUCCAGUAUAACUGCUACAUUGACAAAGAUGUCAAGUUCUUGGCCUCAGGUCUGAAAAACCGUCUGCAAGAAAGCAUGAAUAAACACUCGACGUUUUUGGAUCGCGACGCUGAAUACGUGAAAACCCUGAAAGUGUCGCGCUUACCCGGAUACCUGACCGUACAGAUGGUGCGAUUUCAAUACAAGCAAAGGGACGCCGUGAAUGCCAAGAUCCUGAAGGAUAUCAAGUUUCCCUUGUUGCUCGACACCUUUGAAUUAUGCUCUGAGGAGCUCCAGCAGAAGCUUGUUCCCAUGCGGAAAAAGUUCAAGGACUAUGAGGACAAGAUUGUUCUUGAAGGAGACAAGAAGAAGGGUCUGGGCAAAGAAGCGUCUCUGAAAAAGGGCCGGGAGGAAUCGGAAGAUAUGGCUUGCGAACCUUAUGAUUUCUCGGAGGAUCCUGGAUCCAACAACUCGGGAUAUUAUGAGUUGCAGGCAGUUCUUACUCACAAAGGCAGAUCUUCAAAUUCAGGCCAUUAUGUGGCUUGGGUCAAACAGAAAGGGGACACUUGGAUGGAGUGUAACGAUGACGACAUUCGACCGAUUCAUGUUGACGAUGUUCUAAAACUCUCUGGUGGAGGAGAUUGGCAUACGGCUUACCUUUUGCUCUACGGACCACGAAAGCUGCCAAUCUCGGAGGAAGACAAGACGAAAUCCGAAGAAGAAACCGCCAAAUCUGCCGGAGAGACGGCAGAUAAACCCAUGGAAACUAAUUAAACGGACAAAUGAAACGUGAGAGAAGGCGCAAGUAUUUCCAUCACCUUGCUGUGUACUCGAUAUGAAAAAUUUAAUUCGCUUUUUUUUUUAUUCGAACCUAUUUUUAUUGAUAUGAAUAACAAAAUUCGUGUUCGAAACAAGUCUACAUUUUGCUAUUACGA